UUUAUUUUGCUUGUUUUAUUCGCCUAUAGUAUCACUAUGAUACAGCUUCCGUUUAUCCAUGCAAAGAUCCCUGGAAACCAUAUCACAGGGAAGAUCAUCAAUGCAACGAAAGUUGGGGACAUUAUGACAGAAAAGAACAGGCUUAUCACAGUCACACUCACGCCAAAAAUUGAAGUUCUGAAAGCGAUGCAACUGAUAAAAGCCCUUGACAUCCUUCAUUCACUUGCAAAAAUUGGGUCAUUUCCUCCAUUUCAUAGUCAUUACACCUUCUUUUCAAAGGUAUGUUCCAUCCUUGUGGAGACUAAUGCACUUCUUCUGUUGCAUGAAGAUUAUUUGCAAAGCUGAAAAUCUUGGGAAAUUUCUCCUUGAGGGGUCUGUUCCCUAUCCAUCUGUCUUGCUUGAAGAGGAUUUUCCUACCAUCUCCGAGUUCAGUGUGAAAUUGCUCUGAAAAUUUACCCCAUAAGUUUCUUAAAUAUUUCCAAUUUGGCAUUAGCAUCUUUAUUGUUCUUCUGCUCUUCUUCUACGAUAAGAGAAUGGUGGAGGCAGGGAGCAGGCCCCAAACCUGGAACAUGGGAAGAACGGGCUGAUCCGGGUAUAUGUUUGCACAAUAAUGAGUGAACAAGAAUUUUACAAUUCUCUAAAUGCCCUUAUUGAAAUAAAACCCCUAACCCUCUCCAUGACUUCGCUCCCUCACUCGUUACACAAUUUUGUCCAAAACCAAACAACAUCAUCGGCCGCCACCAUUAAGAACAUCUCAGUCUUCAUCUUUAUCGAUUUUAUAUUUUGGGGGCAAAGUGCAGACAACUUAUUUUAACACAAUUCUAACUUUCUUAGCUAAGAGCAUAAAAUGACUCCUUGGAACGUUCUGACAAUGUGAUAGAUUUCUUUGAAUAACUAGGUAUCAAGGCCCAUCUUUUUGGAUCCAACACAUCAACGAUGCUUCUUUUAUUUUUUUGAAUUCCAGUUUACAACAACAACAACAACUACCCAGUACAAUCCCACCAGGUGGGGUCUGGGGAGGGUAAUAUGUAGACGAGCCUUACCCCUACCCGAAAGGGCAGAGAGGCUGUUUCCAGUCGACCCUCGGCUCAUAGGAUAGAAGGAAAAACAGCAGUAAAACAAAAACAAAGACAUAAACAAUAGAGCAUUAGUAAAUCCAGCAGAAAUAGCGUAAAUAAUUAUCUAAACAUAAGAAACAUAAAUAAAAUCGCAUGCAAUAAUAUCAUACAGUGACUGUGACUGCCAUAACUAACAGCCAUAGGGGAGACAUAAGCUAAAACACAAAUUAUCUAUGGGUACCCCUGCCGACCCACACCCAACCCCGGAUGAGGAGUACGAAAAACUCUAGGGGCCCCUAUCCUACAACCCUGAUACUAGACCUCCAGACUUUCCUAUCGAGGGUCAUGUCCUCGGAAACCUGCAUUCUAGUCAUGUCCUGCCUAAUCACCUCUCCCCAAUACUUCUUAGGCCUCCCUCUGCCUCGCCGACCGCCAACAAUCUCCAGCCGCUCGCAACUCCUCACCGGGGCAUCGGGACUUCUCCUCCGCACAUGCCCGAACCACCUCAGCCUCACUUCUCGCAUCUUCUCAUCCACCGGGACCACCCCCACCUUCUCUCGAAUAACUUCAUUCUUAAUCUUAUCUAACCUGGUGUGCCCGCACAUCCACCUAAGCAUCCUCAUCUCCGCAACCUUCAUUCUCUGAACAUGAGAGUUCUUCACGGGCCAGCACUCCGCCCCAUACAACAUCGCAGGUCUAACCACGACUCUAUAGAAUUUCCCCUUGAGUUUGUGUGGAACUUUCUUGUCACACAGGACUCCUGAUGCAAGCCUCCACUUUGACCACCCCGCUCCUAUACGAUGAGUGACGUCCCCGUCAAUC